AUGAGAGAAGCAAAUGUCAGUGAGUGGUUUUAUGAAUUCAAGUGGAACGACAAACCACUGGUUCCCAUCAGUUCCACUAACGUGUUCAGGAUUCCAGAGCUAACGCCCGACAGGAACGGGGAUUAUCAGUGCAUCGCUCACCACAACAGCUCAGAAGAGAACAGACGGAGCAACAGGGCCACUCUCUCUGUGUCAGCGGCUGCACCACGACCUGUCGUCACUGUGUCUCCGUCAUGGCUGACUCCUGGAGCCUCCGGGACUCUCACCUGUGGGGGGGGUCCACAUCCCACUGCAGGGUGGAGGUUCUACUGGUACAGAGCUGACCUGAUUAGUUUGGAUCCAAGUGAUAUGCACACUGCUGAGUUCAGUUAUGAGCUGCUCCCAGGAAGCGACGGAGGAACUGAACAAAACUCCUUCGUCAUCCGAGGCCUGACGGAGUCAGCAGGUUAUGCAUGUCGAGCUGGAAGAGGAGACCCCGUGUUUUACACUAAGUACAGUGAGAAAAAGUGGGUGUGGCCUGUAGAUUCCUAUUCGUCAGUGUCUCUCACAGUGAGGCCGGACUCAGUGCAACACUUCUAUCAUGACUUGAUCCGUCUGACCUGCGAGGGAAACCCUGCUAAGUGGAGAUUGUGGAGGUUUACUGAAUACGGUGUACGAGUGUUAGAGUGCGAGUCUCAGGAGAGAAUCACAAGCUUCACAUGGACCUUUAUUAAUCUUCGGUCUGGAGUUGUCUGGUGUGAAUCUGGAUCAGAGAUCAGCAACGCAGUCAACAUCACUACAGUUGACACUUACGCUGAUGUUCUCCUGGAGAGCCCUGUCCAUCCUGUGACCGGGGGACAGUCCGUUACUCUCAGCUGCUCAUGGGACGGAAGAAACCUCGAUUCCAGCAGCUCUUUCUACAAAAAUGGUGAACUCCUCCAAAGUGAUGUCAGAGGGAAACUGGAAAUCUCAGCUGUGUCAAAGUCAGAUGAAGGUUUCUACAAGUGUGAACAUUCAGGAGACUUCUCACCGGAGAGUUGGAUGUCAGUAAAAUUGACUCCUGCAGCACCUCCCUCUACGUCUCCUGUGCCGCUGGUCGUUGGGCUGGUUGGAGGCUUCACACUGAUUCUCCUCCUCUCGCUGCUGCUGUUGUGUUGGUGCAGGAGUUGUGACUUCCUGUCUGAGUGGGAGCUGGUUUCCUUCUGGUCCCACCAGUGUCUCCUCAGCCACUUGCUCAUGUCUGCAGUGGUCUACAUCAUCAGCCACAUGGUGGCGCUGCAGCUUUAG